AAUCUAUAAUAGGAGCUAUACUAAAUACGUCAAGAAAUGCAACACGAGUUAAAAGGGCAACCAGCAACAAAUUCGAGAAAGUGAACAUGAGUCCUUAUGUGUCUCAAGAUGCUCCAUGGUUCUGGGGUGUUGCAAAAAACUUGACUGAAGCAGUUUCCCUGGAAUCCAGUUUCAAUGAAAGAGCAAAAGAAACGAAUAUUUGCGAUCAGAAAUUUCCUGAAAUGCCCAAUUUCAGCAAACCUGGUAGACGGAUUAGUGAACAAAAAUGUUACGAAUACAUCUGGGAUAUAAAACGCCGAGAACAUGACAAAAAACAACUAGAUAAUGGAUGCUUUUACACCAUAGCAGCCGUAGGCGGACGCGAUGCUUUGCCAGGAGAAUUUCCGCACAUGGCAGCAGUGGGGUGGCAAGCAGCCCAAGGAACCUGGAUAUUUAAAUGUGGGAGUUCCCUGAUCAGCCCUAACUUUGUUCUAACGGCUGCUCACUGCAGUAGCACUGCAGUAACAGACGGUUCAGUCGCCGAUCCUGUACCAAAGAUUGUGAGGCUAGGAGACAGGGAUAUUUUAGAAAAAUAUUUUGUAAGUUGUCUAUCCACAUACUCUGUAAUCGGUCACGUCGUCGCUUGACAUCAGGUAAAAUUGGACCAAAGCGUGUGUCUGUUUUUUAAUGCAUACCUGUGACAAGAGCGAGACAAGAUCACAGAUCGACCUUUUGUAAAUUGUAUUUUUUUUAAUGUUUUAUCGUUAGAACUCUAGCAAAUAUUGACACUUGUCAACUCAAGAAUAAUAUUGUUAAUACCACAUUUUUGUGAUUGUCAAAAUGUCAAUGAUUAUGUUCGAAGUCAAACCACAGAUUACUUAAUUAUUAUUGCACUAAUUGAACGGUGUAUUUUACGUCUUCACACAUAAAUAAAAUUAGAAUAAUGCCCGUAAUUUCAUAUUUCAUAUAUAUUUUAUAUAUAUCAAUAUUAGAUAUUCACGAAACUAA